GGGGACGCGCCCCUCGGACAGGUGAGCACAGGUACUGCUCAAACCCUCGGGCCUUCAUGCUGCCAUGGACCUGGACAAGCCGUCCGUCUGGGGUUCCCUCAAACAGCGCACCCGGCCGCUGCUCAUCAAUUUCAGCAAGAAGGUGAAAAAGAGCCCCCACAAGGCCUUGGACCUCGGCUCCGCUCCGCACCUGGACCGCCGUCUCAGCCUGUCGGUGCCCGACCUCCUGGACAGCCAGGCCCUGCCCCCCGAAGGCCGGCCCUACUCGGGGCCGCAGUCGGCCUACACCUCGGUGCCCAGCAGCCUGUCCACCGCCGGCAUCGGGCCCCCGAGCAGCGGCAGCUCCGUGAGGCACUCCGAGGAGCAGCUGGAAUGGAGCCAGGAGGAAGGGGGCGCACUCCAGGCUGGGGAGACGGACCCGGAGGAUGCCUGCGUCUCUCUGGACCAGAACAAGAGCGUCCCCAGCCGUGGGGCCACGGGUCCAGCCCAGCCUUCUCCCCUGGGCGAAAAAGCUCCCGAAGAAGCAGAGGGCCUCUGUGGCAGCGGUGAUCUCUACCCCCCUGGGACAUCCCAGCAUGCGGACGAGCAGACGAUGCAGGAAGAAGCUGGAGAGGCCGUGGGCAACCUCCCAGGCCCCUUCGCCUACCUGCUGACCAUCCACCUGAAGGAGGGCCGGAACCUGGUCAUCCGCGAUCGCUGUGGCACAAGUGAUCCCUAUGUGAAAUUUAAACUGAACGGAAAGACCCUGUACAAAAGCAAAGUCAUCUACAAGAAUUUGAACCCUGUGUGGGAUGAGAUUGUUGUGUUGCCCAUCCAAAGUCUGGCUCAAAAGCUCCGAGUGAAGGUAUAUGACAGAGAUCUGACAACAUCGGAUUUCAUGGGUUCUGCCUUUAUCAUCCUCAAUGAACUUGAACUUAACAGAACGACCGAACAUAUUUUAAAAUUGGAAGAUCCUAACAGUUUGGAAGAGGACAUGGGAGUGAUUGUAUUAAAUUUGAACCUCGUAGUCAAGCAGGGUGAUUUCAAAAGACAUCAUUGGUCCAACCGGAAGAGGUUAAGUGCCAGCAAGUCGUCUCUGAUACGCAAUUUGCGGCUCUCAGAGUCCUUGAGGAAGAACCAGCUCUGGAACGGCGUCAUCAGCAUCACCUUGUUGGAAGGAAUGAAUGUCUCAGGAGGCAAUGUGGCCGAAAUGUUUGUCCAGUUCCGACUGGGGGAUCAGAGGUAUAAGAGCAAGACACUGGUUAAGAGUGCAAAUCCGCAGUGGCAGGAACAGUUUGACUUUCACUACUUCUCUGACAGGAUGGGCAUCUUGGACAUUGAAGUGUGGGGAAAGGACAGCAAAAAGCACGACGAACGCCUGGGCACGUGUAAAGUGGAUAUCUCGGCCCUCCCACUCAAGCAGGAGAAUUGCAUGGAGCUGCCACUGGACCGCUGUGUGGGGGCGCUGCGGAUGCUGGUCACGCUCACGCCCUGCACAGGGGUCUCCAUCUCUGACCUCUGUGUGUGCCCCCUGGCAGACCCCAGCGAAAGAAAGCAGAUCGCCCAGCGCUACUGCUUACAGAAUUCCCUGAAGGACUUGAAGGAUGUGGGUAUUUUACAAGUGAAAGUGCUGAAAGCAGUAGACCUCUUAGCAGCAGAUUUCUCAGGGAAGAGUGAUCCUUUCUGCUUGUUGGAAUUAGGCAAUGACCGGCUGCAGACACACACCGUGUACAAAAACCUCAAUCCCGAGUGGAACAAAGUUUUUACUUUCCCUAUUAAAGACAUCCACGACGUUCUAGAGGUGACAGUGUUUGAUGAAGACGGAGACAAGCCCCCUGACUUCCUGGGGAAGGUGGCCAUCCCCUUGCUGUCGAUUAGAGAUGGACAACAGAACUGUUAUGUGUUGAAGAAUAAAGAUUUAGAGCAUGCUUUUAAAGGAGUUAUUUACUUGGAGAUGGACCUCAUCUAUAAUCCGGUCAAAGCGAGUAUCAGAACCUUCACCCCCAGAGAAAAGCGCUUCUUAGAAGACAGCCGCAAGCUCUCCAAAAAGAUCUUAUCUAGAGAUGUAGACCGUGUGAAGAGAAUUACCAUGGCAAUAUGGAACACAGUCCAGUUUCUGAAAAGCUGCUUCCUGUGGGAAUCUACACUCAGAAGCACAGUAGCAUUUGUGGUAUUUCUGGUCACUGUCUGGAACUUUGAACUCUACAUGAUCCCUCUGGUGUUGCUUCUCUUCUUCGCCUAUAAUUUCAUUACGCCCUUGAGAGGGAAGGCCGGCAGUAUCCAUGACAGCCAGGACAACACGGAUGUGGAUGAGGAGGACGAGGAGGAGGACAAGGAAUCUGAAAAGAAGGGGCUAAUUGAGAGAAUCUAUAUGGUGCAGGAUAUCAUCUCGACCGUUCAGAACAUCCUGGAGGAAGUGGCUUCUGUAGGAGAAAGAAUUAAAAACACUUUCAACUGGACGGUCCCCUUCCUCUCGUUCCUGGCCUGUCUGAUUCUGGUGGUGGCCACCAUCAUGCUGUAUUUCAUUCCACUUCGAUACAUCAUUUUAAUCUGGGGCAUAAAUAAGUUUACUAAGAAGCUUCGGAAUCCCUAUGCCAUUGACAAUAAUGAGCUGCUGGAUUUCCUCUCCCGAGUCCCGUCUGAUGUGCAAAAGGUGCAGUACUCGGAGCUGAAGGCCUGCAAUGGCCACAGUCCCCUUCGGAAGAAGCGCAGCGCCCUCUAGGGCAUAGUCCCCCCCGACCCACCCACUGGGCACCCCAGCUGGACUGCCGUCCUCCAUUAGGUAUUGGGUUGACGGUAUCAGCAGGGACCAGUGGUCCAACUCAUGUGCUGCAGGGUCUCUGUGCAGGGCCUGCACGGACACCCUCUCUGUGUUUUUUGUGGCUUUCGAUGCACACGGACAGGGGCUUGCACACUCCCACAUGCCCACAUCGUUGGCCAAAGGAAGCAAGCCGGAAACAAGGGUGCCUUCUCGUCACUCUGGAGCGGGAGGUGAAGCUGGCUGCAGAUCUGACCCGCACAUCCUCUUCGAGAACGGACCCGUUGGAUUGACCUUUGACCUUGUCUGCCCUCCUGACAGGGUGUCUCCUUCCACCUCUCUUCACCCUCGUUCCCCCUGGGCCUUUCAGAGGGUGGUGCAGGCAUGCCCACAUUUUCUCUGCAUCCAAGGCUUGUGAUGACUGACUUGCUAUCCCAGUGUCGGACACUAGAAAGAGAUUUCUGAAAAAAUUAAUUGCUAAGACCAAAUCUUUGGCAUCCUUUUGCCCUCAUGACUGAUGACUGUAAGUCACAUUUUUGUGGUCAAGAGUUUGUCACUGGCAGUGGAGGUUCUGGGAAGAAAAGAAGGGGUCGUUCAGAAGGAGAAUUCCAGAACACUUUUGAUUGCGUUAAAAUGAUGAUUCCGCCACCUCCCACCCACAAGCCCCCUUUAGUUUUAUUGGCUGAUUUUUGAGAGAAAUUUCUGAGAGAAAAAAAAAGCUUCCUCUGGUGUGAAGAAGCUGGCAGGAGGUAGAGAAUGGUAAAAUAAAAUCCUUCGAGUUUAUUUAGAUAGAACAAGAAGCAAGAAACUUGGGGGGAAGUCCGUUGCUUCUUUUGCCCACUGGUUGUGCAAAAAGUUGAAAAGAUUUUAGUGCACCCCAUGGAGCCUUCUGUUUCCCUACUGGAAAAAGUCAGCCUGUGCACCAUCAAGUACAGCUCUGAACCCCAUUCCCAACAAAGGGACACUCGAAAGUCUAUCUUUGAGAGGUUCAGAUUCCUCUGCACAGAUUUCUCUUCACACACCCCAUCCUGGGAGGCCCCCCUAAAUCAAAAACCCAGUUUUGUGUGGAUAUAAAAUAUUUGUGAUUUUCUUUAUUUUUGAAUGACUUUGAUAUUAUACAGGCUGCAUUUUUGUUGACAAUUUGUGUUAUAUAUAUAUGUAUAUAUACACACAUACAUGUAUUAUAAGCAUAUAAUACAUAUAAAUAUAUUUAUAAUGAUAUGUAUAUAUGGGAAAAGUUUAGGUCAAAAGACCUGACUCAAUACUGAGUUUUACUCUGUUCUCCACUCCCACACAUCCCCCACCCUUUGAGUCAUAAUUUAAUAAUCUUCAAAGAAAAUGUUUGUGAAAAAUGCCUAAGAUUCUAAACCUUAUCAUCCUCAGCCUGUUUUUCUUCGUAUUAUAUCUUCCUGAGUUGCUUUCUGGCUGAGCCAGAUUUCUGCAUGAUUUGAUUUACUUCAAGUUAAUGAAGCUAGCUGGAAAGCGCCUGCACAGAAAUUAUAAAAGCCCCAGUAAAUCUCUUAGUUGUACAUACAAUAGAUACCCAAGAACCGCCUUUGUUAAAACCAGUUACUCAAUCUUCUGUGUAAAUAAUGCCUCAUUGUCUCACUGGAAGCUCCCAUCUACUUUAUCAUAGCAUGUCAUUUUGUAAGGACCUCAGUCCGACUUUUUUUUCCUCUUUUCUAAACAGACGUGAGAUCUGAGUAGUCAUUUGAAUGAAAACUUUCAACAGCAAAAAUAACCUCUUAUUUAUUUCAACAUGGAGCCAAUACUUUAUUGUUGUUCUCUGGCUAUAGAAUUUCAAAAUGAAAUUAGUCGCCUGACAAGAAGGCGACUCGGACUCCGUUUCCACCCCCGCCCGACUGUGGUUCUUGGGGUCCCCUGGGGGACACAGACAGCAGCUGUGACACCACUGAGCAGUACAGAAUCGACCUUGCGGAGUUGGCAUUUGGAAAAUCGCUGUGGAUUUGAGCGAGUCCCCAAAGCAUGCGAGUGGGAGUGCCAGGCCAAUGCCUACUUCAGUUAUCAGCAACUUGUUCUAUGGAGUGCGGGAUGCUUUGGAGAGCAGGCAUGGAGGAGGUUGGAUUUGCAGGGUCUGUGGUAGAAGGGGGCUUUGGAGGGGUGCUGACCGCUUGUCAGGCUCUCCUGGCUUCUCAGAUCUGCCUAUGGAUCCAUUUCUGGCCCGGCCCUGAUGUGUCUCGGGCAUCCCUGUGUCUCUCAGUUCACCGAUCUCAAUCUUUUCCCUCCUGACCUCCGACAUCAGGAAUAGUAGGAUCAGUGUCUCCUUCACACCUCCUUUAUUCCCCUUCUUGGCACUGGCAUCUAUUGGGCUGAUUGAUCCUCAUGUUUCCCCCACCCCCACCCCGGGUCUGUAAGCUCUGGUGGAUCUGAUGUUGUGUGAUCCCGUCCUGUGAUGGACAUUUCCAGUUACCACCAUCCAGGGGGUACCCACAAACUCUGGAGUUAGUACUGGUGACAUCAGAUAUACUCAUCCUCCCAGAUAAUCAUCUUCUCACCUGGAAUGACUGCUCUCUUCUUUUGAUCCGCAUGAAUUCUCCGUGCCUUCAAAACAUGCAGAAUCCAAGCUGGAGCAAUAAUAGUACAGAGGGGAGGACACUUGCCUUGCACGCAGCUGACACAGGUUCAAUCCCUGACGCCAUGUAUGGUCUCUUGGGAGACCAUACAUGGCAUCAGGAAUGAUCCCCGAUGGCAAAUACAGGAGGAACCUCUGAGCAUCUCUGGGUGUGGGCCCCUAAUCCCAACCAAAUGAAAACCUUGCAGACAUCUUCUGUUCCAAAGAGCUAUUAAUUGUUCCUUGCCUGAAUGACAUGCUACUGUUCUCCUUGGCAUUUCCUGCUUCUUUGGCAUCUUGUUGGUGUCUGCUAUAGCGUAGCUCAUUCUACCAUAGCCUGCUCUUAACCAGUUGCUGGCCUAGAAUCCAGCAGCUAUCAACUAAAGAGUUCAUCUCGUCUGUCAGUGAAAGACUCUCCACAGAGACAUUAAGACCAUAGACAACUACUUUUCUUCCUCUGCUUCGUGUGAGACAGAGAACUGAGCUAUAUAAAUGGGUGUUGUCUAUUGUUUGCAUUAAAUGCAAAUGUUACCUUAUGUGAUAUGAUUUAUAAGCCCUGGCCUAUUCAUUAUAAAUUUUGUAAAUGAUGUGAUGUCUCUCAUAUUUGGAAAAGCCUUUUUCCUACCUGUCAGAGAAAAAAAUAUGUACUAUUUAUUUGUGGGUGGUGAAAUCACUUUGGGGGAUUCUUUUUCUUCCUUUUGCAGUUAUCAUUGAAUAAACAUAUA